UCUUUUCUGAUUCGUACUGUGCAAGAACCGCAAAAUGCAGUUGCAUAUUCGAGGUCUCAACACACACGUCCUGGACGUUCAGCCCCAGGAAACUAUCAGCGAAAUCAAGGUAAAACUUGCCGCUUUGGAAAAUGUAGAAGACGCCGAACAGCUGGUGCUGUCCUGCGAGGGUGCCAUCCUCGGUACCGAAGCCCUAGUUGGCUCUCUGUCGUCCGUCGAACUGGAUCUGACCAUUCCGCUGCUCGGAGGUAAAGUGCACGGUUCGUUGGCUCGUGCCGGUAAGGUCAAGGGUCAAACCCCGAAGGUCGAGAAGAAGGAGAAAAAGAAGAAGCGCACCGGUCGUGCCAAGCGUCGCAUCCAGUACAACCGUAACUUCUCGAAUGCCGUGCAGGCCUUCGGACGACGACGUGGACCAAACGCGAACUCGACGUAAGAGGGACGAUUCUUUUUUCGUUGGAAAAAUGUUGAGAGGGGAAAGAUUGAUGGGAAAAUAAACUGUAAUCCAUUAACUAUUAAGAUGUA